UUGGUCGGUGGCCAGUGGCGUCAGAGCAAUUGUGUGGCACGAAGGCUCGUCGUCACCGCGUUGCCGACUCCACCGCUCCCGUACAUACCGCAUACACAUACCGCUCACCGCGCAAUGGCGUCCGACAAUGGUGACUUUGACACGGAUCUCGCCGCGGCACCUGCAAAACGCAUGAGGUAUUCGUUUGCCGACGAAAUCGCCCAAAAUUCACAAUUUCAAACUUACGGCCAUCGGUUCACAGGGUUUUCGUCUGGCGAUUCUUACGCCAACAAUUUAUCAUAUAAAUCAAUUGACUCGUUAUCAUCAGAUUACCAUCAACCGACUUCACCAACAACACCUUUGGUCAUGUCUUCGAGUCUACCAGAAUCUCCUGAAAAUUCAAGUUUAUUUGAUGAAAACUCCGAUAAUAAGGAAGAAGUAGAGGAUGAUGAUACUUCUUCUACUUCCAGUUCUGAUUCCAGUACACAUUCAGAUAACGCAGACUCUGAGAAAGGAGCUCCAGGUUCAAUGAGCUGGGUACAGAGACAAAUAAUGAACGGAAUAAAUCCUAGACGAUUGUUGCACCAAGUAUUUGGAGCUACUGUUCCAUCACAGCUAGAGGAUAUAACACUAUGGAGGAUAAUUUUGAGUAUGACUGAUGAUUGUCCAAUACGAAAUCGAUUGCGCAGUGUCAGCACACUAGACGAUGUUAUUAGGCUUUUAAAAACAAGCACACGUAUAAUGGUCCUCACGGGAGCAGGGGUUUCAGUGUCCUGUGGAAUACCCGAUUUUCGCAGCCACAAUGGUGUUUAUGCUAGAUUAGCUACUGAAUUCCCCGAUUUACCUGAUCCACAGUCUAUGUUUUGUAUUGAUUACUUUCGAAAGGAUCCUAGACCCUUUUUCAAAUUUGCCAGAGAAAUAUAUCCUGGACAAUUUAAACCAUCGCCAUCUCACCAAUUUAUUAGAGCUUUAGAAAAAAAAGGACGACUUCUACGUAAUUACACACAAAACAUUGAUACCUUAGAACAAGUUGUCGGUAUUGAAAAAGUAAUAGAGUGUCAUGGUUCAUUUGCCACUGCGUCUUGUACCCAAUGCGGUCACAAAGUUUCAGCUGAUAUAAUCAAACCAGAUGUGUUUGAGCAAAGAAUUCCUAGAUGUCCAAUAUGUGUGGAUGGCAAUGGAAUAAUGAAGCCAGAUAUUGUAUUUUUUGGUGAAGGUUUACCUGAUAGCUUCCAUAAAGCAAUAGAAGAAGACAAAAACAAUUGUGAUUUAUUAAUAGUGAUAGGGUCAUCAUUAAAAGUACGACCUGUUGCUCGUAUUCCCAGUAUGUUGAGUAAACGUGUGCCGCAGAUUUUAAUUAAUCGUGAAAGACUUCCACACAUGAAUUUUGAUGUUGAACUUCUUGGUGACAGUGAUGUUAUUGUUGAUCACUUGUGUCGCAUGCUGGGUUCAGAUUGGUCCGAUAUUUAUUGGUGUAAAGAACAACAAUCCGAAACAAAAAGUCUUAAUUUACCUACUUUAUCACCUAAGCCUAAUCCAGCUACAGUAGAAAUUGUUGAGAAUGAAAUGUCCACCGACUCAACUCGUGAUAGUGCCAAUAGCAUGUCACCGCCACUUAGUGAUGACAGAUAUGCAGCCAGCUCAUCUACAGGCGAACAACGCCAUUUGUCGACAGACUCGACUAGGGAUAGCGGUAUUGAUCCAGACGAUCCACAAAAAACUAGUCUAGCUGCUUAUCUACCACCAAAUACAUAUUACAUGUUGAAGAAACGAAGGUAUAUGUUUUCUGGUGCCGAAGUAGAUCAAGAUGUAAAUGACAUGGAUGACGACAGCGAAACAGAAUCUGAUUCUAGCGACAAGUCUGAAACACUACUAAAUUAAUUAAAUCCAUAUUUAUACAUUUUUUGUAGAAAAAAUGCUUAUAAAUAGCUCAAUUGUUACUUAUCACAAUUUAUCGAUAUUGAUUUUGCUUUCUUGCAAUAGUGUACACUUCGGGAUUUGAUCUAUAAAGUGAUAAAACUAAUUUCCUUAUAUUUUGUAUUCCUUACAAUGUUUUCUCUAUCCUUUUUUUUAUUUCUUUUAUAUUAUUAUUUUUAUAACAACUUAGAAUUCUCUUCUUUUUUUUUUAUCCGAGAUUUCUAUUUAAAAAAAAAUAUACAUAUAAAUAUGUUUAUAUAGUACUUUCUUUUUUUUACAUAAAUCUAACAUUUGUAUGGAUGUAUAAAUAAAUAAUAAUUGUGUCUAAUUUUAGUGAAUAUGGAAGAAAUAACCAUAAAUUAUUUAUUGUAAAAGAUUUCUUUUAAUAUAUACCGAAGUUCUUAGGGUAAGUCAUAU